AUGGAGGGAGGUGAUGACUUCAACCACCACCACCACCAUCACCAUCACCACCACCGAAACUUCCCAUUCCAACUCCUCGAGAAGAAAGAAGACCAAGACCCGUCUUCUUGCUCCACCUCAUCCCCAUACCCUUCCCUGGCCAUCUCAGCAGAACCCUCCACUUCCAACUCAACCCGAUCCAACAACAACAUCAACCUCCUCCCCACACCCUCUGAACCCUCCCCCAAAAAGCCUCCUGCCAAGAGAACCUCAACCAAAGACCGCCACACCAAAGUCGAUGGUCGCGGUCGUCGAAUUCGAAUGCCGGCUCUCUGCGCCGCCAGAGUGUUCCAACUCACGCGUGAGCUGGGACACAAGUCUGAUGGCGAGACCAUAGAGUGGCUCCUCCAGCAGGCGGAGCCAGCUGUCAUCGCCGCCACGGGCACCGGCACCAUCCCCGCUAACUUCACAUCCCUUAACAUAUCUCUUCGGAGCUCAGGCUCCUCCAUGUCUGUCCCCUCCCAGCUACGAUCCAACUACUACAAUUCAAACUUUUCUCUCCAACCCCGGAGAAGCCUAUUCCUUGAAAACACCAAUACUUCCACAACACUCCUCAAUUUUCAAUCCAACAACCCCAUUUCCACUUCCGUGUUCCAACCCAAGCACGAAUUGCGCGAUUCAUCAUCCCUAGACUUGUCGUCGGAGAACAACGAAGAGGGUUUGGGAAGGAAAAGAAGACCCUCCGAGCAAGACCUAUCUUCAGCUAUGCAACACCAAGUCGGAAGCUAUUUGAUGCAAUCAAGCACCUCAGGGACAAUUCCGGCGAGCCAUGCUCAAAUUUCGGCGAAUAUAUGGAUGGUAGCGAAUUCCAAUAGCCAAGGUGUGAGUGGCGAAGCUCCUUUGUGGACAUUCCCGGGUGUGAGUAAGAGUGCUUUGUAUAGAGGAAACAUGUCAAGUGGGUUGCAUUUCAUGAACUUUCCUACCCCUAUGGCCCUUUUGCCUGGUCAAGAAUUAGGGUCUUCUGGGAUUGGUGGGAACAUCAACGACGGGCAUUUGAGCAUGCUUUCGGGGCUUAACCCUUACCGGGCGAUGAUCGGCGUUUCCGAGUCUCAGGCGAGUGAGUCACAUUCACAUCACGGUGGAAGCGAGGAUCAGCAUGAUGAUAAUUGA